AUGUACAUUCGCGACAUUCACGCAGAGAAGGAUCUCCGGGUUCUCCGACGUCUUAUCAGAGAAAAUCCCCUCGGUCUCUUCACAACAGUCAUCUCGUCGCCUUCAGGGGCUUUCCCAUACCUCCAAACCAGUCACAUCCCCUUUGUUCUGGACAUUGAAGAUGAAUCAAGCGAGACGGAGCUUGGAACUCUGAGAGGCCACUUGGCCAGGGCAAACCCCCAGAGCAAAGCCAUAAUCGAGGAAGCCACUACAAAGUCCACUCGCGUGCUGGAACAUGAUGUUUUGGUCCUCUUUCAGUCUCCAGUUCACGCCUACAUCCCUCCCGAGUUUCUCUCCGAGACAAAGCCCAAGACCCAAAAGGUGGUUCCUACAUGGAACUACGCCGCUGUGCAGGCAUAUGGAAAGGCAACCGUCUAUGUCGACUCCAAGUCGGAGGAGACCUCUGCCUAUCUCAACUCGCAGAUCGACGCCCUUACCAGGCACAUGGAGGUCAACAUCAUGAAACACACCGGCGAGGAUGGCAGGCCCGAGGCCUGGAAAGUGACCGAUGCUCCCGCGAAGUAUACCGAGCUUCUGAAGAAGGCGAUCAUUGGAGUCGAGAUCAAGGUUGAGCGCAUGGAAGGAAAGUUCAAGAUGAGCCAGGAGGAGCCAGCUGGAGACCGUGCCGGCGUCAUCGAGGGCUUCCGGGGUCUUGGAACGGAAAGGGCCCGACAGGUGGCGGAUCUUGUGGAAGAACGACAGAAACUCAAGUAUGGAAGGGAAUAA